UAAAUCCCUUUACGGAGUUUCCUUCGACGUAACCGCAGCGUACAGGGACACACUGCGGCCGUCCUUGUGAAGAUGUGGAGAACAUAUGCCACCUACUGAAGUCCGCAGCGCCUCACUGACACACAGUCCACUAAAAGCAAAGAAAUGGCGUCCAGCUUCCUCAAGUACUCGAUGCUUCUUCAGAAGUACCGGACUCCGCUGCUUAUUGCGAGCUGCGGCGGGGUCUUUGCAGCCAACAUGUUCUACCAUGUUUUCCCUGACGUGUCCUACCGUCAGCUCUAUCAGGCCUGGCACCAAGGAGAGCCAGUCACGCUGUCCGAGAAGCUAGAGGAUGUUUUCCAGCAGGUGAUGAAGGACUACGGUUUCAGCUUAUCCAAGAAUUUCUCUGCCUUCGCCUCCUUUGGGUUCCAUCCGGUCGGUGCUGGUGUCCCUUGGCUUCCUGCAGGGGCCCAAAUCGGCAUCCCAGCAAACUUUAACAGCGCGCCCGAUGACCCGAGCGGGAUCACCAACCGCACCAUUUUCAUCAACGGCAAAAUAGUGGACUGGAGCAGCGACGCUGGUUCUGCUUUAAAGGAGGCACUGGUGUUUUCCCUCGAUGCACAGAAAUUUGCCAUAGCACGAGAAGUGGCCCGCUUGCAGUCAGGAGGACCUAUUUUGACUGCUGCGGUUCCCUCGUUGUGUCUGGGCGGGGUUUGGUUCUACAGUGUGGCGCUGAAGCAGAUGUUGGGGCUCUACGCCAGACCUGCGCUGUUUCGUGGGGCUGCGAACGUUGUGGCGCUGGGGCUCGGUGCCGUGUCCUACUUCCUAACCUCGGACGCUGUCAGUCAGUGGAUUGACUAUAGCUCGGACCAGCGCGCAGCCGGAGUGUCCCGUGAUUAUGCCAAAGGAGGUGUCGAGUUUUACGAUAAGAUUCUGUCCAGAAACAAGACACUGCGCUCCCUGAUGGGGCAGAAGGGAGCGGAUAUGUACGCUCCCAGCGGGAACUUGUUUCCUGCUCACAUCCUUCAGUUGAAACACACACCGUACACAACCAGGAGGGACGGGAUCCUCACUCUGCUGAAAAAGGAGAAAGUUUGAGAAAGAAAUGGGAUGUUGUGUUGAGAUUGAAAAUGGAUGUCUGUGAGUUUGUAUUGAUCUACUGUAAGUUGUGCUCAUCUCUGAAUAGACUGUGGUUUCUAAGCUUUAUUUGCAGCUAAAAAAACAGGCCAAAACAAUUGUUAACAUCUUUUAACACAUCCCACAUGUGCUGAAUGUUUUGUGCGAUAUUUUAUAAAUCCUGUAAUUUGAAACAUUUAAAUUACAAAACAUUCUUGUUGGGUGGGGGAAAAAAAAUCAAGAUUUUGAUGGUUCAUUCUCGACUCAAUGUCUUAUCAAAUAAACAUAUUUGAAGCUUGUUCAGAGCAUCUGAUGAAAUAUGUUUUGUUGAAUAGACGAGGGCAAAUGGUCUUUGUCCUGCAGAAUAAGGUGGCAUUGUUUUGUUGCUUUUGCCAUACAUUUAUCGGUAUCUAGCCGUGCAUAGUUUUGUUUAGUUUUGCUUUUAUUUGUCCAGGUUUUGAGAUACUAUGUGUAUGAUUUCUGCCGCAACCCCAUUACAGUCAGGGUGAAAGGAAUUUUGUCUGCAUUGUCCCUAAACCUUACUGUAAACAGUUUAGAUUGGAUCUACAUUCUGCCAAAUAAAUCGUCCUCAUGAAAACUGUUGACAGCAUGUUGGGUUGAUUAUCCUAAUAUGCCUUUGA